AUGGUAAGGUUUCUCCAAGCAAUUCUAUAUCUAGUGGUAUACUCUCUGAACUUAGCUCUCAUAUGCUGUUUGGAUGUAAACUCAGAAAACUCUGAUAUAUUUACUCCACUGAGACCUAAAGCAGCUCACCUUUUAAGACCCGACAAAAUUAGGGAAGGGAAGGUUCGAAGUGAAAAGUUAUACAAAUAUAUUCAAAAUUAUUACAAUUCUAUAGCUGCAUAUGUUGUUGCUCUUCACUUGGCAUAUGAUUACUCUUGCAUAUUUAAUUAUAAAUUUGUAAACUUACCAUUUCCUAUAUUAGUAGAUAAAGAAGAUGAUAUAGGAUGGUUACAAUGUAUGGAUAACAACACUAAUAUAGAAUCAGUAGUUCAAUCUGUCUGUUAUGGUACAGUACAACUACCUUAUCCUCUUACAUCAGCAGAUAACAUUUCAAUUAGAAAUAAUGAAGAAUUUGUAACUCAAAUAUGCUUUCCUGUUUUUCCUUCCCAUCCAAAUGUACCUUUUUAUUAUCCCAAAAUCCCAAAUAACCAAGCUCAACUAUUUCCAAGUAAAUUAUUUACUUCAAAGAAUAUUAAACUUAAUAGAGAAAGAACUAAGAAUAAUAAUAUGAAAGAUCAGAUUGUAUACUAUUUAUCCACUGAAUACUUAAAUAGUAACUGUAUGAUCAAUAGGUUUUUGAACAAGCAUUCAUUUACAACUACAAUGUUUUCUGUAUUAGGGAUAAUAGUAUGUACAAUAAAUUCCUCAGAAGAAGAUAGUCCUAAAGUAUUGAGCGAAGUCAUUCGUUCUUAUUGUGCUGGCAUUGGGUUAUUUAAUAUUCACAAGAAUUUCAAAGAUUUUGCCUUUUUUCCUAUAAGUAAAAUGGAACCCUUUUUACAGGUAUUUUGCAUCAAGUCUACUUAUAAAGAACUUUCUAAAAGAAUUAAUACUCCAGAUAAAUCUAUAAGAGAUAUAAUUAGGAAUAUAAAAUAA